AAAAACCACUUAAACCACUUUUAAUGAGCAACUCGUGCUUUUGCUACGCAAUUCUCGCAUCCAUCCAUUAUCGUCAACAAUACUUCAAUUCAAACCGGUGCUUCUGAUGUUUUAAUUGUUCCCCUUCACUAUUUUCCAUCGACUCUGUCCUCGAAAGACAUAGUCAUGGCUACUAAAUUCCUACCCCAGAAGCGCGCCCUUGGAGAUGCUUCGGGUCGCAGAAAUUUCCAUUCGAAUCCUAACGUGAAAAAGCCCCGUCUCGAGCCACUCUCCUCCUCACCGGCCUCGCGCCUAAACAGCUCUCAACAAGGUCCCGGUUCAAAGUUAUCAUCAACCCAGCCGAAGAGUGCCUUCGAGUCAGAAGUCCUCGAGAAACUAAGCCAAGAUAUUUCAGAGCUCAAGCAAACCAAUUCGGAGAAGGAUCAAGCAUGGGAACGUCCUCCCGUUGUGAAUUUCGACCCCGCUCGAGAUAACCUCACCUUCCAACAAAUAGAGGCUGAAGAAGGUUUUCUUCAUACCGGAAAGACUACUGUCAAACUCUUCGGUGUGACCGAGAAUGGCCACUCUGUGAUGAUGCACGUCACCGACUUCAAGCACUACCUUUACGUCGCUGCUCCCGUCUCCUUCACCCCCCAGGAUUGCGAACCCUUCAAAGCCUACCUCGAGACUCAAUUAGCCCAAUACCAAUCUGUUAUACACUCUUGUCAAAUUGUCUUGCGAGAGAAUAUCUACGGCUUUCAAGGCAAUACACAAAGCCCCUACAUCAAGGUUACGGUUACAGAUCCGAAGCAUAUCGCAAGAGUGCGGUCGGCCUUCGAAAAGAAUGAAGUAAAUUGGAAGGGGAUGUGGAAAGGGGUCGAAGGGGGUAUAAUGACAUUUGAUAAUCUACAAUACGUUCUGCGGUUCAUGGUUGACUGCAAGAUUCCCGGUAUGUCGUGGGUAGAGGCACCCGCCAAGUCGUAUCGUUUAAUACCAGAUAACCAGCGGCAAUCAAGCUGUCAGAUUGAAGCCGAGAUCAGCUACCGAGAGCUGAUUUCCCACGAACCGAAAGGUGAAUGGUCUAAGAUGGCCCCCUUACGUAUUCUUUCCUUCGAUAUCGAAUGCGCCGGUCGAAAAGGCAUCUUCCCGGAGGCAAAUCAAGACCCAGUAAUUCAAAUUGCGAACGUCGUGACUCGUUAUGGAGAGAGCAAACCCUUCGUUCGGAACGUGUUCUGCUUAGACCGGACGAGUCCCAUUGUAGCAACCCAAAUCCUCGAUUUCGAGAGAGAAUCCGACAUGCUGAUGGCUUGGAAGCGGUUCCUUGACAAAGUUGACCCUGAUUUGAUUACUGGUUACAACAUUGCCAACUUCGAUUUCCCCUAUUUACUUGAUCGUGCCGAGCACCUGAAGCUCCAGGGUUUUGAUUACUGGACUCGUCUACACAGCGUGAAAACCUUCUCCAAAAAGACGAAUUUUUCGAGUAAACAAAUGGGAAAUCGGGACACAAAGACCACAAACACCAAUGGCCGAUUACAACUUGAUCUCCUGCAAUUGAUUCAGCGAGAUCAUCAUCUUAGGAGUUAUACACUGAAUUCGGUGUGCUCUCACUUUCUCGGGGAGCAAAAAGAAGAUGUCCACUACACGAUGAUUACCGAACUAUUCAACGGUACACCGGAGUCCAGGCGUCGUCUAGCACUAUACUGUUUAAAGGAUGCCUACUUACCUCAGCGACUGAUGGAUAAACUCUCCUGUCUUGCGAAUUAUACAGAAAUGGCGAGAGUCACAGGAGUUCCGUUCAACUUCCUUCUCUCGCGUGGACAACAAGUCAAGUUCAUGAGCCAAUUGUUCCGGAAGGCUCUGGAGCAGAAGCUUGUAAUCCCAAACAUGAGAUCAGAAAGCUCGGACGAUCAGUAUGAAGGCGCUACGGUUAUCGAACCUACUCGAGGUUACUACGACGUGCCUAUCGCAACUCUCGAUUUUGCAUCGCUAUAUCCCAGUAUUAUGCAAGCGCAUAAUCUUUGCUAUACAACUCUCGUGAACAAGAGGGCGAUAGAAAAGUUUAACCUCAAGAAAGAUGAGGACUAUAUUGUCACACCCAACGGUGAUAUGUUCGUCACUGUCAAGCAGCGAAAAGGCCUUCUUGCCCAGAUUCUCGAGGAGCUUCUUUCAGCAAGAAAGCAAGCCAAAAAAGAACUAGCCGUUGAGACUGACCCUUUCAAAAAGGCCGUUUUGAACGGUCGUCAGCUCGCGCUGAAGGUCAGCGCCAACAGUGUUUACGGUCUUACAGGUGCCACCACGGGCAAGCUCCCAUGUCUGGAGAUCGCCAGUAGUACCACAAGUUUCGGUCGACAGAUGAUUGAGAAGACUAAAAUGGAAGUGGAAAAGAAGUAUAAUAUCGCAAACGGAUAUACUCAUGACGCCCAAGUCAUCUAUGGCGAUACCGAUUCCGUCAUGGUUAAAUUUGGGACGAAAGAUUUAGCGGAGGCGAUGAGACUCGGCGAGGAGGCAGCGAAUUAUGUGUCAUCAAAAUUCGUCAAGCCUAUCAAGCUAGAGUUCGAGAAGGUCUACUUCCCAUACUUGCUCAUCAACAAGAAGCGAUAUGCGGGUCUCUUUUGGACGAGACCUGAUAAAUUCGACAAGAUGGAUACCAAAGGUAUCGAGACUGUCAGGCGAGAUAACUGUCUGCUGGUACAGACCGUUAUCGAGAAGGUCUUGAGGAUGAUCCUGAUUGAUCAGGACGUCCAGGGAGCUCAAGACUACGUCAAGGAUACAAUCGCGGAUCUGUUACAGAACAAGAUAGAUAUGUCCAAGCUUGUGAUUACGAAGGCGCUCACCAAAGAAAGCUAUGAUGCGAAGCAAGCUCACGUCGAACUUGCUCAGCGUAUGAAGAAGCGAGAUGCUGGUUCCGCACCUGGGUUGGGUGAUCGAGUAGCAUACGUUAUGGUGAAAGGUGCAAGUGGAGCGAAGAAUUUCGAGAAGUCGGAAGACCCAAUCUUCGUUCUAGAGAACAACGUCCCCAUCGAUACAAGAUAUUACCUCGACAACCAGUUAGCCAAGCCCCUGGGACGUAUAUUCGAUCCUAUUCUGGGAGAGACAAAAUCAAAGUCGCUCCUUACUGGUGACCAUACCCGUUCCGUCUCAGUUGCGGCGCCAACAGUAGGCGGCCUCAUGAAAUUUGCAAAGAAGACCAUGACAUGCAUGGGUUGCAAGAAACCGCUCGUGAGCAAGGAGGAAAGUGGCGGCGCUGCCUGCUCAGACUGCGCGCCUCGCGUGGGUGAAUUAUACAAGAAGACACUGGACAAGGUAUCUGACCUAGAAGUCCGGUUUGGGAGACUGUGGACGCAAUGCCAGCGAUGCCAAGGCAGUAUGCAUGGUGAGGUGAUCUGCAGCAGCAAGGACUGUCCUAUCUUCUACAUGCGCAUGAAGGCGAAGAAGGAUGUGGAGGACGCGAGCAAGGAGCUGAAGCGGUUUGAUUUCGACCAAUCGGCUAUAUGGUAAUGAUAAAAUAGGUACUAGAAUCAAGUGCAUCCGUGGUAUGGGAAGAAGUUGGGCGUUAUGAGAGAUGUACGACGAUGGUAUGGAGUCCGGGUUUGGUGGUUUAUACUUUACGAAUGGCUAAGCGAUACACAUAUAUAAUAAGGGUUCGCAGCCUCGAGCACCGUGGGACAAGAUACCAUAUACACAUAUCGACGUUGCAGUUCUAAUAGAGUUGUGCUAUUCACGAGAGCUUGGUAGCAUACCCAGGUACCUAAUGAUCAUAGCAAGAGCACUACGUAAUCGAAUGAUGGUGGGUUAGGUUGCGCACUUACAUGGAUGUCUGGUAGAGAGGACUUGAUUUCCCCUAAGUUGAGGUCUGUUCGUUCCACGUAAGUAGACUAGCUAAUGAUGAAAGGCUUGACUUGAUCUAUUACUAUUUCUAUGCCAUGGUUCUAUUUUCUUGCUUCCUGCUUAAUAUGUAGCAUGUAGGAUAUAGCCAUUCUAUUAUUCGAGACAAUAAUUAGGUAGUUAGUUCUAAUUUACUUGAAAUUACUAAAUGAUGAUAUACUUCCAUUUGUACCUAGGCGUGAUCGCAUGCCAUUAUAGGUACUAGUCGCAUUACAUAAGUUAUACACCGAAAAGUAAACCGUAUAACUCCCAAGACUUGCCGUCAAGGUGCUUUGUCAUAAGUAUUAGUUAGGUUAAUCGCAUACUACUAUAGUAUGGA